GACAUGUUAUUGGAAAAAAUGGAAUUAAAACAGAUGAAAGACUGGUAGACAAAAUUAAAUAUUUCCCAGAACCUACUAAUCUUAGACAACUAAGAGGAUUUUUAGAAAUUGCCUCUUAUUACUGA